UUUCCUGCUCGCUCCGGCGGUGUGUGCUGCAGUACGCUCCGGGGAGCAAUAUUUUUUUGUGCAAUCAGGGUGCGGUUGGUCUAUAGAUCAGCGGCGGCCUCCCUGGCAUCAUGAGUUUGCCUUUAAACCCCAAACCUUUUCUUAAUGGCCUCACUGGUAAACCGGUAAUGGUAAAACUGAAGUGGGGUAUGGAAUAUAAGGGUUACCUGGUCUCUGUGGAUGGAUACAUGAACAUGCAGCUUGCAAAUACAGAAGAGUAUGUAGAUGGUGCAUUGUCUGGACAUCUGGGAGAAGUUUUAAUACGAUGUAACAAUGUGUUAUAUAUACGCGGUGUAGAAGAGGAAGAAGAAGAUGGUGAAAUGAGAGAAUAAAAUUAUUUGUACAUUUUCAUUUUUUUUUCUUUGUUUAUUUUUUUAUAUUUUGUUGUUGGCCAUGUUCUGUUGUGUGAACAAUAAACAAUGUUCUGUUUUUCA